AUGAGCACCCAGCCCGAGCCCACGUCCGGCGGCGGCGAGGAGUACUUCCGCCUGCCCAGCGAGCUGCGUGCGCGCCACUACGACCUCGCCAUCCUCAGCGACCUCGAUGCGCUGCGCUUCUCGGGUUGCGUCACCGUCGAGCUCGACGUCGUGCGCGCCACGGACCGCAUCGUGCUCAACGCCGGCGCCGGCCUGAACAUGCACAAGGCCAUCGUGCACGCCGACGCCCUCAAGACCGAGGCCAAGAGCGUCGUCGAGCUCGACAUUGACGCCGCCCACGAGCGCAUCACCGCCAAGCUCGGCGCACAGCUGCCCGCCGGCUCCAAGGCACGCAUCACCAUUGCCUUUGAGGCCGAGAUCGAGGCCAGCAUGAUGGGCUACUACCGCAGCACGUUCGAGCACGAGGGCAAGAAGGGCUUCUACGGCCUGACGCAGUUCGAGCCCACGGCCGCGCGCCGCGCCUUCCCCUGCUUCGACGAGCCCGACGCCAAGGCGACGUACUCGUUUCAGAUGAUCCACCGCUCCGACUCGGUGGCGCUUGCCAACAUGCCCGUCGAGUCGACCAAGUCCAUCUCGCGCAGCGAGGCGGACAAGCUUCUGCGUCUCGAGGAGCUCGGCGUCAAGGCUGGCGUGACGGAGCUUGCCAAGACUGGCAAGACCGAGUCUGCAGCCGAGCCGGCCGACGGCGGCGCCUGGAGCGUGACGAGCUACGAGAAGCUGCCGCUCGUCAGCUCGUACCUCGUCGCCUGGGCCAACGGCCCGUUCAAGUCGCUCGAGUCGAGCUUCGUCAGCCCCAUCACGGGCAAGACGGUGCCGAUUAAGAUCUACGCGACCGGCGAGUACAUCCACCAGGCGCAGUACGCGCUCGACGUCACCGCCAAGGUGACGCCGAUCUACGAGAAGAUCUUCAAGAUCGCCUACCCGCUGCCGAAGCUCGACACGCUCGUCGCGUCCGACUUUGACGCCGGCGCGAUGGAGAAUUGGGGCCUCAUCACCGGCCGCACCAGCGUGUACCUCUACGACGACGAGAAGAGCGGCCUGCAGGGUCAGAAGCGCACUGCCAGCGUGCAGAGCCACGAGCUCGCACACCAGUGGUUCGGCAACAUCACCACGAUGGCCUUCUGGAACGGCCUCUGGCUCAACGAGGCCUUCGCCACACUCAUGGGCGAGGUCGUCGUGCUCGACCGCGCCUUCCCCGAGUGGGACAGCGCGACGGAGUUCAUUGCCCUGCACCUCGAGCGUGCCUUCGAGCUCGACAGCAAGCGCAGCUCGCACGCGAUUGAGCUGCCGCUGAAGGGCGACAACGUCGAGGACGCAAUCAACCAGAUCUUCGACGCGAUCAGCUACUCGAAGGGUGCCUCGGUGCUCCGCAUGCUGUCCGGCAUCGUUGGCGAGGAGGUCUUCCUCGACGGAGUCUCUCGCUACCUCAAGAAGCACCUGUAUGCCAAUGCCACGACUGAGGAUCUGUGGGCCGGCAUCAGCGAGGCCUCCGGCCUCGACAUCAAGCGCAUCAUGCACAACUGGGUGCUGAAGAUUGGCUACCCGGUCGUCACCGUCGAGGAGAAGGCAGACUCGAUUGUCGUGCGCCAGAACCGCUUCCUCAGCACCGGCGAUGUCAAGCCGGAGGAGGACGAGACGCUGUGGUACGUGCCGCUGCAGAUCAAGACGGUCGGUCCGCAGGGCAGCCAGGUGGACAGCGAGACGGUCCUCGACCUCGAGCGCGAGCGCGAGAUCCCGCUCAAGGACGUGUCAAACGCCAUCUGGAAGCUCAACGCCGGCACGACUGGCGUGUACCGCGUCGCCUACUCGCCCGAGCGUCUGGCCAAGCUCGGCGCCGAGGCCGCAAAGACCGACGGUGCCUUCAGCCUGCAGGACGUCUGCGGCCUUGUCUCGGACUCCUUCACGCUGGCCAAGGCGACGGACGCGAAGACGUCUGGCAGCCUUGCGCUUCAGUACGAGCUGCGCAACAACGGCACGUACCUCGUGCAGUCGAUGAUGAGCACGAACCUGAGCCAGCUGGCCAGCGUGUGGUACGAGGCGCCGCAGCCGGUGCGCGACGCCAUCGAUGCGUACCGCGCCGAUGUCUUUGGCCCGACGGCCAAGCGCAUGGGCUUCGACUUUGGCAAGGACGACUCGCCGGACACGAAGCAGCUGCGCGCCGUCGCCAUUGCCGCUGCCGCCUCGGCCGGCGACGAGUGGACGCUCAACGAGUGCAAGAACCGCUUCAGCGCCUUUAUGAAGAGCGGCAAGGAGGACCAGAUUCACCCUGACCUCCUGCGCACGAUCUACGGCCAGGCCGUCAAGCACGGAGGCGAGGCGGAGUACGAGGCUGUGCUCGCCGUGUACCGCAAGCCCCCGACGCCCACGCACAAGAUCGCUGCGCACCUCGCCCUGUGCGCCACCCAAGACCCGAAGCUCAUCCAGCGCACCAUCGACUUCACCUUCACCGACGAGGUCAAGACGCAGGACGUCAUGUACAGCUUUGCUGGCUGCGCCGGCAACUCGUACGCGCGCCGCCCGAUCUGGGAGGCCACAAAGCAGCACUACGACGAGCUCACGCGGCGCUUCAGCGGCAACUUCUCUCUCGCGAACAUCAUCAAGUACUCCUUCUCGUCCCUCGCGUCCGACAAGGACGUCAAGGACGUCGAGGCCUUCUUCGCCGACAAGUCGACGAACAAGUUCGCCAUGGCCCUCUCGCAGGGCCUGGACAGUGUCCGUGCCAACGCGCGCUGGCAGCAGCGUGACGCGGCCGACGUCGAGGACUGGCUCCGCGCUCAGGGCUACCUCAAGUAG